UGCCGGGGCUGUGCCGGGGCUGUGCCGGGGCUGUGCCGGGGCUGUGCCGGGGCUGUGCCGCCGCCGUGGCCCGGCCGGCUGCGGCGGGAGCGGCGGCAGCAUGCGGCAGUCCCUGACUCAGCAGCGCCCGGCCGGCGUGGCCCUGCCCGACUCGGUGGGGUCGUUCAAUAGAAGAAAAAGAAAUUCCCUCUACGUAACUGUGACUCUSCUCAUUGUGUCAGUAUUAAUUCUAACGGUGGGCCUAGCUGCUACAACAAGAACCCAAAAUGUGACUGUUGGAGGUUAUUACCCAGGGGUGAUUCUCGGUUUUGGGUCGUUCCUUGGAAUAAUCGGAUCAAACUUGAUAGAAAACAAAAGGCAAAUGCUGGUUGCAUCGAUCGUCUUCAUCAGCUUCGGUGUCAUCGCUGCGUUCUGCUGUGCCAUAGUAGACGGCGUCUUUGCUGCCAGACACAUAGAUCUGAGGCCACUGUACGCGGGGCGAUGUCAGUACUAUUCCAAGAGCACGACCCCACCAGAGGCGGUCUGUCACCCACAGCGCCGUGCCCCUUGCACGCCGAAAAUAAAAACCAACACCUGYUUCUGCUGUGACCUGUACAACUGUGGGAACCGGGUAGAGAUUUCUGGAGGGUACUAUGAAUACAUUGAUGUCAGCAGCUGCCAGGACAUCAUCCACCUUUACCAUUUGCUCUGGUCGGCGACGAUUCUGAACAUAGUUGGGCUGUUCCUGGGAAUCAUUACAGCAGCAAUCCUYGGAGGCUUUAAAGACAUGACUCCUUCCCUCCCUACGCUGAACUGCACGGUUGAAAAUGCACAYCCUUCAGUGACCUACUACUCCAGGCCACAAGUGACAUCUUACAACAGCUACUACCACAGCACUCCUCACCUGCCUCCCUACUCUGCCUACGACUUUCAGCAUUCCAGCGUGUUUCCAGCCUCCACUCCUUCUGGGCUCUCGGAUGACCCGCAGUCCCUGUCACCAUCUCCCAGCUACAUGUGGGCAUCCAAUGCGCCGCCUCGCUACUCGCCACCCUACUUCCCACCUUUUGAAAAGCCACCACCUUACACACCGUAAAGAAUGUGGGAAAAAAGAAAAAAAAAUUCGCCAUUGAAAUAAUUGUGAACAUUUUGUAUUUAUAUUUUACUGUGGGAGGGAGCGGGAGAAUAGGUGCGGAAGAUAAUUGCAAAUACAAAUAUUAGAUUGGGCUGUUCUUUCCUGCGAGACUUAUUUCAGAAGUUUAACGAUGGCCUGUGACAAAGGGAACAGACUGCUGAUGUUUUAAUGAGUCAGUGGGUAGCAGGUGACCUAAAUUUCAGCCUCUUUUGUUCAUGUAGUCCUUGAUUUUUAAUAAAGUGAUCCGACACAGAUGACAGAUUCUGGUCUGCCUUACUCCACCUUGUGCCAAGCUGAAGUAAGGGUAGCCAAGAUCAAUAGCUGCUAGAGAUUAUCCAUCUGUUUGAGGUGAGGGGGUUUGCAGACAGCAUAACUCAACRCUGGUUUUGUUUGGCCUUUGGGCUCCAGUUGUUGGGAUUUUGGGUGGGGGGCACAGGACCUAGCUCACAACACUCAUUGGCUCAACACACUGGAAAAAUUUUGGGGGGAGCUGUGACAGUGCCUCACAAUGUAACCCUGUAGAAAAGGAUAACAYCAUAGGAUAGUCCCAUGUAGGUUCUGCAAAAUUAUCAGAAUAUUGCUUUUUUGAAGGGUAGAAAGCCUUAACAGGCAAGCUGUUUUUAUUUCAGGUUGCUUUUCAAGAUAAAAGGUGAAAUGGAAUUGYCUCUGAAUUCUGUGUAAGUAACGUUGAAGUCAAACAGUUUGGGUGGUUGCACUGCCUAAAUUGUCCUUGCAUUCCUAUAAAAACCAUCAGGAACUGUCUACAAGACACUGAAACAGUGCAGUGAAAAUGUUAUUUAUUUAUUUAUGUUUGUUUGUUUGUUUGUUUUUUCUUUGGUUGGGAAUUUCUUUUUAAACUUUUAACUUUUUUAAUGGACUGAAUCAGCACCCUGAAUAAGCAGUUUUAGUAGCUGUAUUUUGGGCUGCACAUAAGGAAUAUCCACUACUAGUUCUCCAAGAUGUAAGUCUCACACGGAUGAAAUUCAACACCCUGUAAUAUAGGAYGAAACCGAGGAAUUUGCAAUUACUGUUGUGACUUUCAUUUACUCUUCAGCUGAUGACUGUGCUGAUUGAUCUAGAUUCCAGCAGAUUUUGCAUGCAUCCUGCAUAACACAAGGUCAGCUUUGAUAUGUGACACACUGACCUGUAAAGUGUGGUUCUACUCCAGGAAGUGAUUUCAGAUGACAGUGUUCAGAUCUGAGCUGCUCAGCCUGAGCAUUCUCAACUGCUUUCUUCAGGGAUAAAAACAACAUUGACAUUUUACUCCUGAUUUCCUAAAGAUGUAAUUUCCAUCAGUUUGUUGACCCUAAUUCUCAGUUGCCUGUCUUUACUGGCAACUGAUAGAGAMAAAAAGGUACCUAAAAGUUAAGUCUGGUUUUCAGGAUCAAAAUGGAAUUCAUGCUGGUGGGUUAGGCAGAAAUCCAGUUAGAUUUUAAACUGUGAUGACACCUAUUUUUAAUUCUUUUUUUUUUUUAAUUUAAGUGCUGUCAACAUGGAAAUCAAACACUGAAGUCUCUGAUCUCACUUUUCAAAGUACACCCACACUUUAUAAUGCUGUUUUUAAUCCUAUGCAUUUGCAAAGCCUUUAGGCUAGACURUGUGUUAACUUUAUAAUUUCCACUGUCAAAUACUAAUCAGUAUAUUAGUUCAUUAAAGGAUGACACUUGAUCCAGAAGCAAGCGUGACUUUUCUCCAGUAAAAAGGGAAAAGAAACAGCUGGAGAAAGGAAUUCAACUCAUGGGAUUUAAAGCAGUAGUGUAUGUAGAACAUAUCCUGGUGGCAUUUKGUUUCACUAUAGAAUGUUGAAGCGCAGCUCCUAUAAAUUUGCAUACUGGAAAUAAAUUUACAUACUAGGGUAUCCUCCAUUUUGUAUUACAUUUUACUGAAUUAAAUCUUGAUAAAGAGAUCAUGGGCAACUUAAAAACAGACAGUACUUCUCUUGAUAAAACUCCCCCACAAAACUAGAAUCAGAAGGGCACAUUAAUUUAGUUUCAGGAAACAUUUUAUUGCUGUAUCUUUGAAAUAAAAGUUAACACUCUACCAUUUGUGCCUGUCAACUAAAUAGGGCUAGAAGGACUAGGGGACACCACAGGACAUGACUGAAAAUCCUGAAGAUUGCAAAACUUAGUGGCAGAGAAAUMAUUAGGAGAUGAUGGUGCCAUUGGUUUUGAGUUGAAAAAUACUACCCUUAGGAAAUUACCCAAAUUAUCUUUUUUUUUCCUAAGGAAUAUUAGAGCAAAAAUUACAUUGCUGCUUUAAAUUCACUAUAAAAGGAUAAGUACAUUUUCACAUUUAAAAACGUACUGGUGGUAUUUUCUGUUGAAUUACCUGUUUCGUUCUGCUUGAGUAAAACUAAGCGUUUAAUGUAACUGCAACAUUCUGCACUGUAUUUGUCAUUUCUUAUGAGAAUGUCAAGUUUGUGACUCAUAUGUACCCUUUUAUUACUUUACCAAAGUUAAAUAAAAUCGUGUGAUUUUUGUAAACAUUUAUAAAUUCCACUUUACAUUUUAGCAUCUUCCCUGUUUUACAAGCAUCUUUAAGGCUAUGUGAGAA